AUGGGGCCAAUGAAAUACAAGUCAGGCGUGUCCUCGGUGUCGCGUGGUCUGCAGUAUCGCCAGUCGUUGAUAAAGCGGAGCCCAGAACUGACUGUGCACGUAGUGCGGCCUCGCUGCUCAUCAGCUCCGAAGAGGCCAGAAGCCAAGUCUGCAACUGAAACGGCCGUGGGUCUUCUGAGUCGGCUGACAGAAGCUGGGAGCACCCUGGGGAAAAACUCCCUGCAGAAAAUCUCUGCAACGGGCAAGAGCUGGUGGGACAGAUACGAGGAGUUUGUUGGCAUUAACGAAGUUCGGGAGGCUCAGGGAAAAGUGACAGAGGCUGAAAAAGUCUUUAUGAUAGCUCGAGGGAUAGUACGAGAGGCUCGUGAAAAUGUAGAAGCCCAACAGAUCAAACUGAAGGAAAUUCGGGACCGCUUGGACAGGGUCUCUCGGGACGACACCCAGUAUUUGGAACUGGCCACUCUGGAGCACAGGUUGCUGCAGGAAGAGAAGAGGUACCGAACCGCGUAUUUAAAUGCGGAAGAAUCUGAGAGGGAAAAGUUCUCUCUCUUCUCUGCGGCCGUAAGGGAAAGCCACGAGAAAGAGCGAACAAGAGCUGAAAAGACGAAGAACUGGUCUAUUAUUGGUUCUGUGCUGGGAGCCAUCAUAGGGGUUCUUGGUUCCACCUAUGUUAAUCGGGUGAGGCUGCAAGAAUUGAAAGUCUUGGUGCUUGAAGCACAGAAGGGCCCGAUAAACUUGCAAGAAGCCAUCAAGGAGCAGGCCUCCAGCCACCACUUACAGCAGAAGGAUCUCAGCGACGUCAUAGCAGAGCUGAAAAACGUGCUGCAAACCAGGUCACCACAGCAGGUGCAAGAAGGCGCGUUGUUAACUGGAAAAGACAGGAAUGACUCCUUAAAAAUAGGUUCUCUUCUAAUUCCUCUAAACGAACAGCUGAACUACAGCAGGCAAGUCAGCUCACAUCUAGAGAGUUUGCAGCAGCAGUGGACCAGCGUGCAGGAAAGCAUAGCGCAUGUGCUCUCCGAGGUGCAGGGCGUUAAACUUGCCGUUCAUUCCAGCCCUACGGAAAGAGCGAUGCCAAGGUCUUCAGUGGAGGGUAAGGGCCAGGCUUCUGCCAUGAGAGAUGUGAUUUUAGAAUUGUCUGACACCGAGCGGAGGCUGGAGGCACAAAUCAAGAGAAAUUCUCUUUAUAGCACAGCGGUGACCUGCGCUGUGUUUGCUAUUACCCUCCCGGUGCUCUAUGUUAUACUGAAAGGGAACUGA